GCUCUCCAAGUUUGGAAGUUGACUCUGGCGUCAUUCUCGAAUGCCACCAUACUAUGCCGCCACGACUGCCAUUGAGUGCCUCAAAGGCCGGCAGCAGCCUCUUGAGACCCGCCAGUAAUGGCGAAAGUCGUGCUGUGUGUUUCUUUUGUUCCCUUGCGAACGCUCCGACGCAACCCUCGACGCGGCGUUCCAGAAGAAAGGCCGCCAAUUCGCGAAGACUACAGUCCACCUCAACAACCACCGCUUCCUCCCCUGCCGAGCCUGAUGCAAGGAAAGAACUGGAAGACGCACUUGUACAACUCCAAAAGCAUGCGGCCAACUAUGUCAACCUGUCAAGACUACAACUGGCCAUCAAUGGUUUGCGACAGCGGCCUGGCAGCGAGUCGAUAAGGGUAGCUAUCCUGGGCCUUACCAAUGGCCGAACCUCUGGAAACUCUGCCAAGCAGGUGUUGAGGCUGCUUCUGGCAGAUCCGCUGAAGGACCAAGAGGAAUGGGAACAGGAGGUGGACAAACAUGACCUGGCACAGCCGAUGAUUGUUCGGGUUGGUGGAGUCGAACAAGAGAAACAACCGGGGCCAAUCUCAGCAACGAGGGGAAGCCUCUUACAUGAGGUUCAUGUAUCCGCCCCAACUCUGAAUGGCCACAGUCUGGAGUUGCUACUCAUGGAGUCAAAUCCUUACACCUUGUCUCCUGAUGACGGCGUGGAAGGUCUGGAAGACUCGAUUCUGGUGCCAACAGUGGACAUCCCGACCUCCAGCACCGGACGAUACACGCCAGUGACGACACCAGUGCACAAGGCCUUGCUUGUAACUGAUGGAAUCAUGGGAGCUGCGGCAAUGACGUCGAUGCCGCUAUCGGAAAGCGCAGAUGUUAUUGCGGCGGCUGUGAACAUGCCUGGAUAUAAAGCUAUGGACAGCGAACCUCUACCGUUCACGCCUGUUGACGUAGAGGCUGCUGCGGUCGGUCUGGGUUUGAUUCGUAAGAGCGUCAGUAAAGCUAUGGAGUACGAGCAUAUGUGGUUCCAAAGUAACGUCCCGAAACUAGCCGAUUGGGUGAAAGCAGAUGUUAUCACUACAGCCACUGGUACUACGAAACCUCCUGUUCGACGAUUGAUUGCAUCGUUACUACAGAGCGCCACAAAUGCAAUCCGUCUGGAAGAAGCACGAACACUGUCUUCUUCAUUGGAGUCCACGGCAACUAGAACACCUUCGCACCUUGGACCAAGCUUGGCUGCGUGGGCGGAGAGCGCGCACACGGAACUGCAAGAACAACUGGACCUGGCCUUCUCUAGUCGUAGGUGGCGUAAACUGGGGUGGUGGAAACUAUUCUGGCGAGUCGACGAUGUGCAUAUGCUCACAAGCGACAUUCUCAACCAAAGGUUUCUGCCCGCUUCGGAAAAGAGCGCCAUUUAUCUGGCUGGUCGCAUAGAGGAAGCGAUUGCGCCGAGCAGUGUACCCGUUCUGUACAACGCCCACAUUGCCACGGAGGCCAAUGCUGUCACGUUAAAGCCCAGCCUCUGGCCCACAAAUAUUCCUGCGGCUCGAGCGUAUCUUCAGAAUGAAACGAUACCGGCUUUACAAGCAUUAGCCCAGAAACUCGUCUCCCAAGCAUUGAGCACCUCUGGUCUUACCACCUCUCUGGGGGCGCUGGCCUAUUUCGGAACAAUCACUACUGGGAUUUACGAGGCAGGCACAGUUGCAGCACUCGGCAUUGUUUGGAGUUUGCGCCACAUGCAAAAGCGAUGGGAGGCUGCCCGUGACUUUUGGGAGGGUGAGGUCAGGGAGGAAGGUAGAAAGGCCGUUCGUGGAGUCGAGGCCUCUGUUGAGAAAGUGCUCAAGCAGUCUGAUAUCAUCACCAGCAGUACCGUUGCAGAGAACGAACAGCUUACCAAAGCUAGGCAAUUGGUCGAAAAGGCUACUGAGGCACUGAACAGGUUGAAAUAAUGGGUUUCACCGCCACCUGUAUGAGUAAUGCAUAAAUGUAUAAUACCACACAAGCCCCUAUUCUGCAACAAGAAAGAGCGAGGCGUGUAAAUAGCGCUCCAAGGAGCUAAAAGGGGCACGGUGCUCCCGGGAAGGGGAAGCUCUCCUCGCACACCAACCCUCCCAAGACACACACACUUUGGCUCUCGUUCUUUUUCUCAGCAUACAACCGAGGAAGUGAAAUGAUCAAAUGAGUUGGAACGUUCUGGGAGCUUGCAAUAUCCUGUUGCUUGUGGCCGCCGGA